AUGGAACAAAUUGAUGAAAAUAAGGUUAGUAUUCACAAGGUAUAUGAUAACUCGAUAAACUCAAGAACCUAUAACCUACCCCAAUUACCAAAAUUAGCAAGACUAGACUUAAAUAUAAUUAGAAGAGAAAGAAACUCUAAUAAGGAAAAUAAAUGUAUGAAAUUUAACUAUGAAAAUGAGGCUGUUUCCCAGUUAGGAGCUAGUAUUACUAAAAAGAAAAGUGUAGAAGCAGUAAGAAAUGAAGAAAGUGGUUUUAAGGCUAAACAAGAACCACCAAAUGAGGAUUAUAAGACCUUUAUGACUGAAUCAUCUGAACCAAUGGAUGAAUUACACGAGAUAUCGAAAUUUAUCAAAGAUUUCGAAGAAGAAAGAAAUAAAGAAAGAAAAGAUUUAGAAGAUGAUAUAGUUAAAGUAAAACAAGAAAUUUCAGAAUAUAAAGAAAAACUACUGGAUUAUUGGAUUGAAAUUACAUUUCUUCGAACUCAACUUCUAAAUUUAAAAGAUGAAAGUAGUUCUUAA